CUCCCUAUCUCUCUCUCUCUCUCUCUCACUGCUGAACAGUAAACUAUGCGAACAUGGAGAGACUUGCAUAUUUCAAAAGACACGCUUGAUUGGUACAUAAAAGAUACUUUGUGAACGAAUACACGGUCGAAUGAUUUAAAGAGAUUUCAUAUUUAUUUCCUCCUACCGUUGCAAUACGUUCCAGGGUCCCUUUCAACAGAGAAACUGCCUGGACUAAUUGAGAUUUUCUGUUUUCCUCACAAGACUGAUGGCCUUUCAUGCUAACGUACGUGGCUCUGUGUAAACUGUUUCAUUGAUAGAACCAGGGAGUUCCACUGAUCCUAACUCCCUGAUAUAAUCAUCGGUGUUUCAGUCAUUGUUAGUGGAUCAAUGCCAACUUCAUUAUAGCUACGACUUGAAAGCGUAGUCAGCUAAUCGUCUGUAUAAACUCCAUAUAAUAUUUAAUUCUAAGAAAGUGUACAAUAAAUAUACUGGGCUGCAUAUAUUGUUUCGACGUACAUCUUGACUAUAUUAAAAACGGACGUCUUCAAGCUUUAGUGGACGAUGUCGAAUUUAAAACGUUUCUUUUCGCUGUGGCGGUUGGCGUUCGCGUUCCACGUCUGCCUUGCAUUCGCCCGUGGUAUACCGAUGUCCUUGCCGGUGAUCAUCGACGAUAUCGCAGAAGACCUUCAAACGACCACGGCUGCAGUCGGGAUUAUACUUGCAUCUUAUCUUGUUCCUUUUGGUAUUUCAGGUCCUCUGAUGUCAUACGCCCUCGACGUUGUAGGAUGUCGUACAGUGAUAAUGGCAGGUGGUGUUCUCAUAUCUUCAGGGAUAUUCCUCACGGCGUUCGCACGACAUAUUGCCUUCGUUUGGGUUGGAUACUGUUUGCUUGGAGGGAUCGGAGCGAGUGCCAUCUACGUAGCAUCUGCAGCUACCAUUCGACAGCACUACUCUGACCGUCACUACGCCCUAGCUAAUGGAGCUGCACUAACUGGCAUCUCGAUUUCAGUGUUUGUCUUAUCUCCAGUACUCCGAGCUCUUAUUUUUGCCUACGGAUGGAGAGGGGCUUUGGUCAUUGGCUCGGGCAUAACGCUCAACACUGUCGUCAUUGGCGCACUCAUGAAACCCGAAGUCGUCAGAAAGCGAGGGCCCGUGGUCGGUGAUGAGGGCGAAAUAGGCAACGUCAAUGACCACGACGACAAUAAAGGUGAUGUUGACAACGGGACUAAUGAUCUUCUGCUUCGACCAUCUCCGUCUGAUCAUCAAACUACUGCUACCGUUCUGGAGUUUUCAGAAUCACAUGACCAAGGAAGUUCUGCAGGAGUUUGCAAAGACUGUAGUGGAUCGCUGAAGAACCAAAGUUGUUAUCCGAGAGCACCUAUGGGCAUUACAGUCCCAUGUGAUGAUCAAGAGCAACAUGGUUAUUUGGAUGAAGAUAUCGACGAGAAUAAGAAUGAGAUUCAAAGUCUUGCGGAUUUUGAUACAGAUGGCGACAUCCAUUCUGGAGUUUCUAUCACGGAUGACAAAGGUUGUCCCCAAUCCACAUUCCUCGGAAUAGACCAUGUUUUUUAUUGUAGUCCAUCUAGUGUGAAUGAUGUGCGAAAGGAUGACAAAUAUCGUAGCCUCGAGAGUUCAAAGGUUGUUAAAUCUACUUUUAGAAUAUCCAAUCUUUUCAAGUUUAGCGCCAAACCCCUCACGAGGACAACCAAAAUUUGUCAUGUGGCCCUCCUUGUCGCUAUAUUUUUCCUGGCAGCUACCUACAUAACUGUUAACAUUUUCAUCGCGUCGGCUGGGACUCACGAAGGACUCUCUCCCAUGCAAGCAGCCACACUUCUCUCCGUCUUCGGGGGUUCUCAGGCUGUUGGUCGUUUCUUCAAUGGCAUUCUUGUGAAGAAGGGUUACGUGAAAGCCGCGCAUCUCUACAUAGGCGCGCAGAUACUGAUGGCAUCAGCCUCUUUGGUCCUCGGACUUCUGAUGAGGGUUUACGUGGUCGCCAUCUUGGCAUCAUUAGCAUUCGGAGUGUCCGCUGGGGCUAUCAUCUCACUCAACAUCGUCAUGCAGAGGUUGAUCGAUGGCAGUGCGACGUCGACCUCGUUAGGAUGGCUAGUAUUCGUCGAGGCUUUCGGUGGCCUCUUCGGCAACUCAGCAUUAGGUUGCCUGAAAGACUUAACUGGUAGUUUUGUGCUCCUGUUCAUUCUGGCUGCAGUCUUCACAUCACUGUCUGUUGCCCUCACCGUUAUCAUCCUUAUACUCAAGAAGCGGGAAGCGUUGUCCAACACUUCAAUCUAGACUCCCUGGCUGAUUCAGCCCCUGGAUUCAGCCUUAAUGAACCGAACUAUUUUGCAGCGUAUUAGGCCUACCAGAUGACACAACCUAUUAAGAAAGCCCCCAAUUCCUAUUUAUCCUCAAAGGAACAAUGUUAGAACCAUUAAAAGUGGAAUAAGCUAAACCUCGGACUAUAGGUGGUGUGUGUGUGUGUGUGUGUGUAUUAGAUUUGUACAGACGUGUAUCAAUCAGAUAUGAUUAUUUACGUCUGGGGACCGACCUUUAAACGUCAUCAUCCGAAGACGUGACUCAGAUUCGAACCUGCGUCCUCGGCUGAAUCAGUUUGUAACUUCCACUUUUAGCUUGAUUACAGGCGCACGCCACAACGCCUAGUUGGGCUAACUAAUGUCCCUUUAUAGAACACUAGGGCUAAACCCCUUUAGCCCCACCUAUAGUAAAAAAAAAAAAUUUAAAAAAAAGUUCAAGUUCAAGAAAA